AUGGCGGGGCCCACUCGGGUGUCGGUGGACCGGGGUCUAGCAAGGGCCCAUGUACAUAAAAGAAUUCACAGUGGAAAGAGGCCUUAUGAAUGUAAGGAAUGUGGGAAAGCCUUUAGAAGUUCCUCAUGUCUUACUGAGCACAUAACAACACACACUGGAGGGAGGCCUUAUGAAUGUAAGGAAUGUGGCAAAGCCUUUACACGUUCCUCAAUUCUUAUUGAACAUAUAAGAACACACACUGGAGAGAGGCCCUAUGAGUGUAAGGAAUGUUGGAAAUCCUUUAGCCGGCCCUAUUCCCUCUUGUUACACAUAAGAAGAACACAUAGUUCCGAAAAGCCUUAUGAAUGUAAGGAAUGUGGGAAAGCCUUUACACUGGCCUCAAGUCUCACUGUACACAAGCGAACUCACAGUGGAGAAAGGCCUUAUGAAUGUAAGGAGUGUAAGAAAACCUUUAGUCAGCCAUCAUCGCUCACUACACAUAUGCGAACUCAUAGUGGAGAGAGGCCUUAUGUAUGUAAGGAAUGUAAGAAAGCCUUUAGUCAACCCUCAGGCCUCACUACUCAUAUGCGAACUCACAGUGGAGAAAAGCCUUAUGAAUGUAAGAUAUGUGGGAAAGCCUUUACCCAGGCCUCACCCCUCACUUCACAUAUGAGAACUCAUAGUGGAGAGAAGCCUUAUGAAUGUAAGGAAUGUGGGAAAUCCUUUACUUGUGCCUAUUCCCUCUCAUUACACAUAAGAAUAAUACAUCGUUCAGAAAAGCCUUAUGAAUGUAAGGAAUGUGGGAAAACCUUUGCUCGGGCCCCAGCCCUCACUGCACAUAAAAGAAUUCAUGGUACAGACAGACCUUAUGAAUGCAAGGAGUGUGGCAAAGCCUUUAGUCAUGCCUCAGGCCUAACACCACACAUGCGAGUUCACAGUGGAGAAAAGCCUUAUGAAUGUAAUCUGUGUGGGAAAGCCUUUACAGAGACUUCAUCCCUAACUGUACAUAGGCGAACUCACAUUCACAGUGGAGAGAAGCCUUAUGAAUGUAAAGUAUGUGGGAAAGCCUUUACGCAGGCUUCACACCUCACUGUACAUAUACGAACUCACAGUGGAGAGAGGCCUUAUGAAUGUAAGGAAUGUAAGAAAACCUUUAGUCAGCCCUCAUCCCUCAAUGCACAUACGCGAACUCACAGUGGAGAGAGGCCUUAUGUAUGUAAUGAAUGUAAAAAAACCUUUAGUCAGCUCUCGGGCCUCACUACACAUAAGCGAACUCACAGUGGAGAAAGGCCUUAUGAAUGUAAAAUAUGUGGGAAAGCCUUUACACAGGCCUCACACCUCACUACACAUAUGCGAACUCACAGUGGAGAGAGACCUUAUGUAGACCUCUUACGUAUGCAGAUCCCUGAAACCGGAAGAGGAAGUGUGCGUUUUCAAUCUGGCCAGCCCCCUGGCGGUUCCCGCGAAUGCUCCAGCGGGAAAAUUUUCUCCUCAGCUUCCAGUCGGCCUGCUCCCCUGGAUGGAGCCCCGCAGGCUCCGGGCCAGGCGUCUCCCGCGCCCCCUCGGUCUCUCCGCCUCCCGGAGCCUCGGCACCUGCUGUCGCCAGGCGCCGCCGCCGCCACUUCCUGCGCGAUCCGGGCCUGGGGCCGCCGCCGCUUCCUGGACGCCGAGCAGUGGGGACGAAACCGCGUCUCUUGGUGCAGGAACAGGUACCGUCGAGGGAGUCCUUGCUGA